AUGCCCCCGUCCAACCUGAGCAGCCUGACCCCAGACACAUUCAUCCUGACGGGGAUCCCUGGCAUGGAGCAGCUGCACGUCUGGAUCUCCAUCCCGUUCUGCUUCAUGUACGUGGCCGCGCUGCUGGGCAAUGGUGUCCUGCUGCUCACCAUCUGGAGGGAGCGCGGCCUCCACCAGCCCAUGUACCUCUUCCUGGCCAUGCUGGCCGUCGCCGACCUCACGCUCUCCACCACGGCAGUGCCCAAGAUGCUGGCCCUGUUCUGGUUCCGAGCCAGGGAGAUUUCCUUCAGCGCCUGCCUGACCCAGAUGUUCUUCCUGCACUUCACCACCAUGGCGGAGUCGAAGAUCCUGCUGGCCAUGGCCUUCGACCGCUUUGUGGCCAUCUGCUUCCCGCUGCGGUACGGCGCAGCGCUGACCCUGUCCGCCGUGGCCAAGACGGGGCUGGCAGCUCUGCUGAGGAGUUCCUGCGUCAUUUUCCCCUGCGUCUUCCCGCUGAGGCGGCUGCCGUUCUGCGGGCACACCGUCAUCGCGCACACCUACUGCGAGCACAUGGGCGUCGCCCGCCUGGCCUGCGCCGACAUCGCCAACGUCUGGUACGGGCUCGCCGUGCCUUUCAGCGUGGGCCUGCUGGACCUGGCCCUCAUCGCCGUCUCCUACGGCUUCAUCCUCCUGGCGCUGUCCAGGCUCCCGUCCCGCCCCGCGCGCCGCAAGGCCCUGCACACCUGCGGCUCCCACCUCUGCGUGCUGCUGCUGUUCCACGCGCCCGCCGUCUCCAGCGCCCUGACGCAGCGCUUCGGCCGCAGCAUCCCCCCCGAGCUCCACAUCCUGCUGGCCAACCUGUACGUGCUGCUGCCCCCGCUGCUGAACCCCGUUGUGUACGGCGUGAGAACGCGGCAGAUCAGGGACAGGGUUCUGAAGGUGUUCGUCCGCCCCCGGAGCCGCCUGCCCAGACGAGAUCGAAGGUGAUGGACGCCUAAACGGGACUCCAGCUCCCCACCCCAAAUUCCCUUUCAGCUCUUUCAGGCAACGCCCCGAGUCUGCUACCCCAGGCAAACACAGGGCACCCGACACGCU